AUGGAGGAGCUCGACAUUCUACAGAGCAAACUGGCGUCGGAUGUGGAGGCUGCUAAGGAGCGCGUCCGGGCAAAGUUGGAAGCGGAUCAUGCUGAGAAACUUAAGCAGGCCCGCGAAGAAUUUCAGAAAGAGAAGGAGGGUCUGGUCCGCCUUCACAAUAUUGCGAAGGCAGAGGCUGUGCGCGCAGCCGAGGUCGCUGCUGUCUGCCAGUAUAAAGUGUCUCCCUCUUUUGGGAAAAUUUUGGCGGACGCGAUGACUAAGACGGUGAUCGCGGUGCGCAAGAAGGUGCGGCCAGAGAAUCCAGGAGUCCGCUGGAACACUCGCGCCAUGGUUCGCCACGUCCAGAUGUGGUUUGGCGAGAAAAGGUCCCUCGAGUCUGAUUCAGAGUCGGAGGAAGAGGAAGAGGAGGCGCGCUCGGACUCGGGGUGCAGGAGAGGAUGGGGGAAGGAUGACCAUGCCGACGCGGCGCAAGCUAACGCGGGGGAUGGUUCGACCAAUGAACAAGUGUAG